AUGGCGAACGUGAUGGCCUGUCUUCGUCUUGUCACUGUGGAGCCUGUUAUGUUUUUAUAUAUGCUCGGAUCAUUUCUACAGUACACGAGCGUACAGCAACUCAUCUACGCUAAAACUUGUAUCCAGGAAUACAACAGCUCUGAUAUAUGUAAAAACUUAACCAGCUCUCAAGAAGAAUAUGUACAAACACAGACUUCACACUGGUUGAUAUAUCUAAACCUUGUUCAGAUGGUGCCAUCCGUUAUAGCUGCACUCUUUCUUGGCUCCUGGUCGGACACAGUUGGGCGUAAAUUUUCUAUGAUUUUGCCGUGCCUUGCAAGUUGUAUAUAUGCCGCAAUUCUGAUUGUGUCAGUUGUGUACAUAUACAGCCCGAUUCCAUUCAUAUUUAUUGGGACAUUUCUUCUUGGUUGUUCUGGUGCUUACAUCACUAUCACCUUUGCUGUAUUUAGUUACAUCGCUGAUAUCACAGGUAUUAAAACAAGAACAAAACGUGUUGGUAUUCUCGAAUCAAUGACAUUUAUUGGUAGUACUGUAGGUUUACUCUGCAGUGGUGUUAUGCUGGAGCAUGAAGGGUUUAUUGCUGUGUUCGCAUUCUAUCUUUCACUCAAUUUUGCCUCCGCCUUGUACAUCUUAGUUUGGUUGGAUGAAUCUGUGCACUCAAGAGAGGUCUUAGAUUCACUAUCCCAUGGUGAAACCAUACAAAUACCGCAGGUAGAUACAGGAAAGAGAAGAAUUCAUACCCUGUGUUCUGAACUAUGUAAAUUGGAAAAUAUCAAAAAGACAUUGUGUGUAUGUUUUAAAAAGAGAGAAAAUUUUGAUAGAAUGCACCUGAUACUUCUAGCUAUGACUUUACUGUUAUUUCAGCUUGUAGGAAUUGGGGAGACUGAUGUAACUGUUCUGUAUACAAAGAGAAAUCCACUACAUUGGUCUCCAGAAUUACUUGGUUACUACCUUGCAUUAAACAGUUUUAUGAAAGGUCUAUGUCUUUUAACUGUGAUGCCUUUACUGACCAGUAAGACAAGCUUACAUGAUACCACAAUAGCUAUGAUUGGUACAGUGUUUCGUAUGGCUGGAUAUGUACUCAUAGCAUUCUCUACGACAACAUGGAUGAUGUUUAUUGUACCAAUAUUAAUGUGUAUGGCUGGUAUCCCUGCAGCAGCUGUCAGAUCUCUUAUAUCUAAAAUAGUCAAUGCAGAUGAGCAAGGUACUUUAUUUUCCUUCAUGGCGGCUUGUGAAAGUAUUGUAGGUUUUCUUGCAUCAUUCGUAUUCAACUCAGUCUACCCUGCAACAUCACAUAUACUGACUGGUGGAUUUGUCUAUUUAUUAAUGGCCGUUAUACUAGUCAUAGCAUUGGUCUUGUUAUUCUGGGUUGGUGACAGCAAGAGAAAACUAAAUGCCUACAGUGCAUUGGUUGAACCAGCGAAUUCUGACACCGGUGCCAGUGAAGAUUGUCGUGAUGUUUGA